AGUGUGUAUUGAACUGCAGUGAACCCAAAGUCCCAAACAAUUUCACCUGCUCCACCACCAGCCAUCCAUGAAACUGUCAACUUAUUUUUUUUGAACCGAAACUGUUAAUGUUAUUAGUUCAACUCCUAAACAUAAAACUGAUACAUUUAUGGUGGGUAUUGAGAAACAUUUGCCUGUAAGGACGGUUAAGUAAUUUUGGGCGUAUUAAGAUUGGCAGUUGGUUGGUGGGUCUUUUCACUAUGCGCCUCGCUCUCUCUCUCUCUCUCUCUCUCUCUCUCUUACCCUUGCGGAGGGAGAGAGCGUGUGUAUGUGUCUCAAACAGACACUGUAUAAUUGUUUUCUGGUCUAAACAUUCUGGUUCUGGAUUUGUCUGAUUAGUUUCUUUCUUGUUAAUUAUUUUUUAUUGUUUUUGUACUUUAAAUUGUUAGUGAAAGCUAAGUGAAUAAAAAGGAGAAAAAAUGUCUCUGAAGAGUAGAGUCGGAGGAGAGAUUGCUGGAAGGAAUGUGAUGCCAAGAAAAUGGACUCUUUUCCUUUGCCUUGGCAGCUUUUUUGCUGGAAUGUUCUUCACUAACAGGAUGUGGACAGUGCCAGAACGAUUGAAUUUAGAAACUGGGGAUUGCAAUCUGAAGCAGGUUGGAACUCUUAAAUACAGCAAUCUAAAGCAAAUUUCAAAAACUGAGUAUGCAAUCCAGACACUGGAUAAUGAAAUUUCAACUUUAGAGAAGCAAUUGGCAGCUGCUAAGGCAGAGCAUCAAUCUUUGUCAAAUGACACCCCAUCUGUAAACUCAAAAAGAAAAUACUUUAUGAUUAUAGGAAUCAAUACAGCUUUUAGCAGUCGGAAGCGAAGAGAUUCAGUUCGUGCAACUUGGAUGCCACAAGGUGAGAAAAGAAAGAAAUUGGAGGAGAAGGGAAUAAUCAUUCGCUUUGUCAUAGGUCACAGUUCAACAGCUGGUGGCAUUCUUGACAAAGCUAUUGAAGCAGAGGAAAUGGCACAUGGAGAUUUCUUGAGACUGGAACAUGUUGAGGGUUACCUGGAAUUAUCAGCUAAGACGAAGGCCUUUUUUACUACUGCUAUUGAUUUAUGGGAUGCAGAGUUUUAUGUCAAAGUUGACGAUGAUGUUCAUUUGAAUUUAGCAACGCUUGGGAUGGCUCUAGCUGGGCACCGUAUGAAACCACGGGUUUAUAUAGGCUGCAUGAAGUCAGGCCCCGUGAUUGCUAGAAAAGGAGUGAGAUAUCAUGAACCAGAGUAUUGGAAAUUUGGAGAGGUAGGAAACAAGUAUUUCCGUCAUGCUACAGGACAACUAUAUGCCAUAUCAAAGGAUUUGGCAACCUACAUAUCAAUAAACCAGCAUGUGCUGCACAAAUAUGCAAAUGAAGAUGUUUCACUGGGAUCUUGGUUUAUUGGUUUAGAUGUGGAGCAUGUGGAUGAUAGGAGACUAUGUUGUGGUACACCACCAGAUUGUGAGUGGAAGGCUCAGCUAGGAAACAUCUGCGCUGCUUCAUUUGAUUGGAGAUGUAGUGGGAUUUGCAAGUCUGUUGAGAGGAUCAUGGAAGUUCACAAGCGCUGUGGUGAAGAUGAGAAUGCUUUGUGGAGUGCAAGGUUCUGACAGAUAUCAGCAACUGUUCUUCCAAACUCAGGAAGGAUGAGUUGAGAAAGUUGCCACAUAACUGUACUUCUGUCAUCUAUGCCUACAUUGGGAGAGAGAGUGUAUGUAAUACUAAAUUAUAGAAUCAUAUAGAGGAAAAAAAGAAGAAGAAGAAGAGAGCCUCAAUUUUGGCUGUGGAUACCAACCCCAGAUUCAUUUGUGUAAGAAGGAACGAAAAGAGGCUAGCCAUAACGAUCAUUCUUUGAAUGGUUGGGGGGCCAAAUUGUUGGUCCUCUGCCUUGGCCAGUGAGAAGAAUAAUAAGCUGUAAAUCUUUAUAGGCGGCUUUUUUUCUGCCAGUUGCUUCAUAAAUGAUUAUAGUAUGCAAAAAUCUUUCAUCUAUUCUUUUUUAAUCAUGAUUGCCUUCACUUUUUAUUGGA